AUGUUCCCCGAGCGGCCGAAAGACCAGCUUACGAAGAACGAAGCAGAUCGCUUAGAUUUUGACGAAGCUCUGCUCCCAGAAGACAGUUGGGAAGGCGAUCUUGAAGAGGGAGAUUAUAAAGUGGAGGAAUAA